CAUGUUAAAUGUCGAUGUAAAUUUUUGACGUUUGUAAUAAUUUUACUUAGUGAAGUUUUUUUAUGGAUUUUGCCGAAAAUUUGAUUUCAUUUAAUGUACACUAAAAGGAAUCUAAAGAUAUGUGUAAUUUCUGUGUUAUGAGAAUUAUAAAAUAAGAAGCUUAAAAAUUAGUACCUCACAAGAACAUCGCAAGUUUAAACAUGAACAAUAAUCAAUUUUAAAAUCUCUGAAUCACUCUUCACGUGUCAAAAAUGGCAAUAAGCAGUACAAUUUUCCUACUCAUUCUAUGGUGCAUGUGUUGUUUGGGACGGAUACACAAAUUAGAUAUCACAAACGAUGGACGUAAGUACAUAGCCUUAAGCACCUUUGGAUUUUACCAAGGAGGCAUCUUAGACGUUCAGUUAAAGAAUUUCCGAGCCACUCCGGAAAAUGAUUCUGCAGUGUUUGGCUUUAGCUUAGAUCGUACUAUAAAUGACGCUAUGAAUCCAUAUUUGGAUAGCCAUCCGGAUCGUUGCAUUUUACAAGAUCCUAUUAGCAAAGCAAAUGAUCAGGCUAUUAUUUACUUUAUAUUAGAAUUAAAAACCAAAAAGUUAAAAAUUAAAUGUGAGGACCAACAGCUUGUACAUAUUUAUAAGAACAGGGAUGAUGUUCCCACUUUGUUAUCAGUCCAUCGACAAAAAAGACAAGAUGCUGAUCAUUGCAGCAACUUGAAUUUUGACAUAACGUCAGAAGUGAUCAAAGGAAAGACUUAUUAUAAUGCUAGCUUCACAUUGUCCGUUGCCACAGUGGCUGAAGAAGGAUUGUACAAUUUAUACUUCCAUAGCUGCCCUAAUUAUCACCCUGGUACAGAGGUUUCUGUUGAUUUUACAAUUGAAAUUGUCGAACACAAUAUGAGCAGUUUUCUUUCUGCUGGUGACAUGCCGUUACCAGCUUUAUACUCCAUGAUGGCAAUAUUAUUUCUUCUUUCUGGCAUGUUUUGGGUUUUCCUGUUACGACAAUCAAGGCAUCCAGUUUUUAAAAUUCACUACAUGAUGGCCGUUUUGGUAUUUCUGAAAGCAAUUUCUUUAGCUUUCCAUGGAGUAAAUUACCACUAUAUUGAAAGACUCGGUGUGCAUUUAGCAACAUGGGCUGUGCUUUUCUAUGUUGCUCAUCUAUUAAAAGGAGCUUUGCUUUUCAUUGUGUUGGUACUCGUGGGUACAGGGUGGACUUUCAUAAAACACGUUCUAGCACCACGAGAUAAACGUCUUUUUAUGGCAGUUAUUCCAUUACAAGUUUUAGCAAAUGUUGCUGAAAUUAUUUUAGAAGAGAGUGAAGAAGGGGCUCGAGAGCAUGUAGCUUGGAGAAAUGUUUUUAUUCUUGUGGAUUUGCUAUGUUGUGGUUGCAUUUUGUUCCCAGUUGUUUGGUCCAUUCGUCACUUGCAAGAGGCGUCGCAAACUGAUGGGAAAGCGGCAAUGAAUUUGCGGAAAUUGAAAUUAUUCAGACACUUUUAUGUGAUGAUUGUGUGCUACAUUUAUUCCACUAGGAUUAUUGUUUAUCUGCUGAAAAUGACAGUGCCAUUCCAGUAUGGAUGGUUAGAUGAAAUGUUUAGGGAAAUGGCUACUUAUGUCUUUUUUGUACUAACAGCGUACAAAUUUAGACCAGCAGCUCAUAAUCCAUAUUUUGCACUCAGCGAUGAUGACGACGAUGAUGAAGAAAUUGAUAAAGUACUUACUGAAUCGGGAGCUACUGAAGGUUUAAGCAAAGUUAAUUCCAGAAUAAUCAAAGUGCCCCUGCAAUCAACGUUGACAGAAGUAACUGAAGAAGAGAAAGACGCGUUGUUGGGCCAGCCUGAAAGCAGUCAUGAGUAUGACUAAUUUUGUAUUAUAUUAAAAUGAGGCUUUAACAUUGUAACUUCUUUGUCCUACUGUGAUAGUGUUUUAGCUUGUCAUUUUUCAUGCACACAGUUUUGUUAUGGCUACUCAUUCAGAUUUAAAAUAAUGCAUUUCUUGUAAUUUAUUGCUGAUUUUUUCAGUGAAGUGUAAUAUAACAAUAAAUCUUAAUAAAUCUGAGUUAAGAAGUUUUAGAUUACCAGAAAGACUCAAGAAAAUGCUUAAUUUUGUGCCCUAAGCGUCAAACAUGGUUAUCCUCCUGCACUGAGGAGUCAAUCUUCUUAAUUCCAUAUUUUUAGUGUUUAUUGCAUAAGUGGUAGGUACUGAUUUAACUCACAUCUUUCUUGGUGAUUGGUUAAUUGUACAUAGUCGUACACAAUUUUACAUUUAAUAAAUUAAUAAAUUUUACACUAACUGACACUGAAUAAGAUUAUAUUCAACAUCUAAUAAACAAUUUCCUUAUUAUUUUCAAAUCUCAGCUGUGCAUUUUUAUCGCCGAAACCACAGGUUAAUGACCAUCAAAUUCUAUUCAUCAAAAUGUUAUAAUUAAGGCCUUGUGACAUAUGAAUUUAAAAAUAAAGAAAAACAGUUUUAAAAGUG